AGCUGGACGCCAAGAAGAGUCCAUUGGCGCUGCUGGCCCAGACCUGCUCGCAGAUCGGCAAGCCCGACCCGCCGCCCUCGUCCAAGCUCAACUCCGUAGCGGCCGCGGCCAACGGGCUGGGAGCAGACAAGGACCCCGGCCGCUCGGCCCCAGGCGCCGGCUCCGCGUCCGCCGCGCUCAAGCAGCUGGGAGACGCCCCGGCCGAGGACAAAUCCAGCUUCAAGCCCUACUCCAAGGGCUCCGGCGGUGGCGACUCCCGCAAAGACAGCGGCUCCUCCUCCGUGUCCUCCACCUCCUCCUCGUCCGCCUCGUCCCCGGGAGACAAGGCGGGGUUCAGGGUCCCCAGCGCCGCCUGCCC